CUGAGAUGUGUCUUUAUGAGCUCUUGUUGUGUCUGUUGCUCAUCAGCACCAGGAUCGGCGGAUCAUCUCAAGCUGGAAGCCCUUAAUGAGAAGACCCUGCGGUUGUCCUGGUCUCCUCCUGAUGGAGACUGGGAUUUCUACCGUAUCCUGCUGUUCAAUGGCUCUUCUGUGCUGAUGAACCAGACGAUUGAAAGUAAUCUUGUGGAGUUCAGCUUCACUAACUGGACUCUGAUUCCAGGCCGUCUGUACAGAGCUGCUGUGAGUGUGGAGAGCGGAUAUCUGAGCUCAACCGCAGGCUGCCAUGGGAGACUAGCUCCCCGGUCUGUUCAGAGACUGAAUGUCCGUCACAGUACAGAGACCUCUCUGAGCGCUGUGUGGAACCAUCCUGUCGGUGAGUGGGACAACUACACCGUCCUGCUGAAGGAUGAAGACAUGACUGUGGACACACAGACAUUAGCCCAUGAUUCACAGGAAUGCAACUUUAAUAACCUGAUGUCUGGACAUACCUAUACGAUCACUGUGAUGACCAAUAGUGGAGAUCUGAGUAGUUCGGCCCACAUCACAGGAAGAACCAUCCCUGCACAGGUCACAAAGCUGCGGGUCAGCAAUCAGGGCAGCACAGAUGCUCUGCAGGUAUGCUGGGACGGGUCAGCCGGUGAGGUGGAUCUGUACCGAGUGCUCCUCAUCUACGACAGCGUGGUCAUGAAGAAUGAAAGUGUACCACCCAAUGUCACCUCCUACCACUUCCAGGGCUUGAGAUCCGGUGCUUUGUACAGGACAGUGGUGACCACACUGCACAGGGGUGACCUCUCACGCCAGACGGUGGCUGAUGGACGCACAGCACCAGGAUCGGCGGCUCAUCUCAAGCUGGAAGCCCUUAAUGAGAAGACCCUGCGGUUGUCCUGGUCUCCUCCUGAUGGAGACUGGGAUUUCUACCGUAUCCUGCUGUUCAAUGGCUCUUCUGUGCUGAUGAACCAGACGAUUGAAAGUAAUCUUGUGGAGUUCAGCUUCACUAACUGGACUCUGAUUCCAGGCCGUCUGUACAGAGCUGCUGUGAGUGUGGAGAGCGGAUAUCUGAGCUCAACCGCAGGCUGCCAUGGGAGACUAGCUCCCCGGUCUGUUCAGAGGCUGAAUGUCCGUCACAGUACAGAGACCUCUCUGAGCGCUGUGUGGAACCAUCCUGUCGGUGAGUGGGACAACUACACCGUCCUGCUGAAGGAUGAAGACAUGACUGUGGACACACAGACAUUAGCCCAUGAUUCACAGGAAUGCAACUUUAAUAACCUGAUGUCUGGACAUACCUAUACGAUCACUGUGAUGACCAAUAGUGGAGAUCUGAGUAGUUCGGCCCACAUCACAGGAAGAACCAUCCCUGCACAGGUCACAAAGCUGCGGGUCAGCAAUCAGGGCAGCACAGAUGCUCUGCAGGUAUGCUGGGACGGGUCAGCCGGUGAGGUGGAUCUGUACCGAGUGCUCCUCAUCUACGACAGCGUGGUCAUGAAGAAUGAAAGUGUACCACCCAAUGUCACCUCCUACCACUUCCAGGGCUUGAGAUCCGGUGCUUUGUACAGGACAGUGGUGACCACAGUGCACAGGGGUGACCUCUCACGCCAGACGGUGGCUGAUGGACGCACAGCACCAGGAUCGGCGGCUCAUCUCAAGCUGGAAGCCCUUAAUGAGAAGACCCUGCGGUUGUCCUGGUCUCCUCCUGAUGGAGACUGGGAUUUCUACCGUAUCCUGCUGUUCAAUGGCUCUUCUGUGCUGAUGAACCGGACGAUUGAAAGUAAUCUUGUGGAGUUCAGCUUCACUAACUGGACUCUGAUUCCAGGCCGUCUGUACAGAGCUGCUGUGAGUGUGGAGAGCGGAUAUCUGAGCUCAACCGCAGGCUGCCAUGGGAGACUAGCUCCCCGGUCUGUUCAGAGGCUGAAUGUCCGUCACAGUACAGAGACCUCUCUGAGCGCUGUGUGGAACCAUCCUGUCGGUGAGUGGGACAAUUACACCGUCCUGCUGAAGGAUGAAGACAUGACUGUGGACACACAGACAUUAGCCCAUGAUUCACAGGAAUGCAACUUUAAUAACCUGAUGUCUGGACAUACCUAUACGAUCACUGUGAUGACCAAUAGUGGAGAUCUGAGUAGUUCGGCCCACAUCACAGGAAGAACCAUCCCUGCACAGGUCACAAAGCUGCGGGUCAGCAAUCAGGGCAGCACACAUGCUCUGCAGGUAUGCUGGGACGGGUCAGCCGGUGAGGUGGAUCUGUACCGAGUGCUCCUCAUCUACGACAGCGUGGUCAUGAAGAAUGAAAGUGUACCACCCAAUGUCACCUCCUACCACUUCCAGGGCUUGAGAUCCGGUGCUUUGUACAGGACAGUGGUGACCACAGUGCACAGGGGUGACCUCUCACGCCAGACGGUGGCUGAUGGACGCACAGUUCCAGCCGCAGUUAGAGAUGUGACGGUGAGCAACAAUGGGCGCAUGGACUUCCUGAGCGUGUCCUGGAGAGCAGCUGAAGGAGACGUGGACAGUUACUCGGUCACUCUGAGAAAUCGGGAGAGAACCAUUCAUUCCCUCACCAUGUCUAAGUUCAGUACAGAGUGUGUUUUUAAGUCUCUGGUGUCUGGAUGUCUCUACAACAUCUCUAUCAGUACCCGAAGUGGAGAGUAUGAAAACCACACUGUGGUUCAUGAGCGCACACAACCUUCCACAGUGCUGAACCCUACAGCCACACAUAUGGCUCGUGAUGACCAUCUAAAGGUGUACUGGCGGCAUGCAGCUGGAGACUUUGACUACUAUCAUGUCUCCAUCAAGCACAACAACAUGUUCCACCAGAACAAGACAGUCCCCAAGACUCAGAACGAAUGUGUGUUCAGUGGGCUGGUACCAGGCAGACUCUACACUGUGAUUGUCAGCACAUGGAGUGGGAAAUAUAAGUCUAGUGUCUCAACUCAUGGAAGGACAUUGCCAGCAGGAGUAUGGAACCUGACGCUAGCUGACAGUGGCACAGAGGAUCUGCUGGUGACGUGGGUUUCUGCUCCCGGAGAUGUGGAUCAUUAUGAAGUUCAGCUGCUCUUUAAUGACAUGAAGGUGUUUCCACCGAUCACAUUAACCAGCAGCACCAACAGAUACCUGCUCUCUUCACUCACCCCUGGAAGACUCUACAAAAUUGUGGUGUCCACCUUUAGUGGACCAAACCUCAGUGUGCAGUUUAUCAAAGGCAGAACAGUUCCCAGUAAAGUGAAGAACAUUCAUAUCAGUAAUGCCGGUCAGAGCAGCAGUCUUAGAGUGAAUUGGACACCUGGACAGGGCGAUGUGGACCGGUACGCUGUGUCACUGUCCCAGAUGGGUGGUCAGGCAGAGGAGAAAUCAGUCCCUAAACAUGUGAAUGAGAUCAUUUUCCAGGGUCUAUUGCCAGGACAACAGUACAUGAUAACCAUAACAUCAAUCAGUGGAUCUCUGAUCAAUAACAGCACAGCAACAGGACGAACAGUACCCUCUUCUGUGACUGCUCUACUGGUGGACCAGCACAGCACGUCUAGUCUGCUGGUGUCAUGGCAGCCGGGUCGAGGGGUGUAUGACAGCUAUCAACUGCAGCUGCUAGAUGACAGAGGAACUCUGGUGUCUAAUAGCUCUCAAACUGCAGAAGCCAGCCAGCAUAACUUCAGACAGCUCACUCCAGGAAGAAAAUAUCGCAUCAUGAUGCAAACCAUCAGUGGAGGAAUCAGCAGCAAAGAUGUCAUUACUGAGGGCAGAACCAGUCCAGCGACUGUUAAUAACCUGUCCAUCAUAAGCAACUCAACCACAAGCCUGUCGUUCCACUGGGAUCUGCCAGACGGGGAGUUUGAUGGAUUUGAUGUUUUUCUGUAUGCUAGAGAUGAAAGCUUGCAUGAUCAGAAAACAGUAAUGGUGAACAGGCAGGACUGUUCUUUCCAGAACCUUCAACCUGGGAUGCUGUACAAGGUGGUUGUUCUGACCCGCAGUGGAGAUCAGACCAAUAACACAUCCAUCUGGGCCCGGACAGUUCCUGCAGCUGUGACUUUCUUGCAUGCUGACAGUAGAACAAGCUCUGAGAGUCUGUGGUUGAGCUGGAAACAGGCCGGGGGUGAAGUGAGCAGCUACACCCUCCUGAUCUUCAAUCCUGAUGGGACUCAACAUGCGGAUCAGAGUUUGGGCCCGGAGAGCAGAAGUUACAUGUUUGAAAGGCUGGUGCCUGGACGACUUUACAAGGCCAUUGUCCUUACACACAGUGGAGAUCUAACAAACAUUGCAAAUACUACUGGCAGGACAGACCCUAUGCCGCCAGUCUCAUUCUCCUUUGGAGAAAUUACUAACACUUCACUGGAGAUCACCUGGAGCAGUCCAGAAAACACUGAUUAUGAUGACUUUGACCUUCAGUGGAGCCCCAGGGACCAUCUGUCUGUGUUCAACCCCUACCACAGCCCUACAUCUGGAAACUGUAUUCUGAAAGGCAUGUACCCUGGCCGUCAGUACAACAUCAGCCUGCGUACAGUCAGCGGUGGUGGAACCAACAACCCUACCUACAGCUCUUCGGUCCACAGGAGCAUCAGGACAAAGCCUGAGCGUGUCCAGAGUCUGCACUGCCGUCCUCAGAACGCUACAGCCAUUUCCUGUUCCUGGAGUCCCCCCGAAGCUGACUUUGACUCAUACACCAUAGAGUGCUUGAGAAAGGACUCUCAGAGAAUGGUGUACUCACAGCGCACAGUCAAAGAGAACACCAUCUAUCUGAUCAAAGAUCUGGAGCCUCAUAAGCAGUACAUUGUCUCUGUCAAAGUCAUCUCUGACAGUAUGACCAGUGAGGCAGUCAUGGAAAAUGUGGUCACAAUGAUAGACCGUCCACCUCUGCCCUCAAUUCGCAUCGAUGAGAAUACAGUUCAGGUUACCAAGUCAACCAUAUUCUUCCAGUUCAACUGCAGCUGGUUCAGUGAUAUCAACGGUGCUGUGAAAUACUUCACCAUCAUCAUAACUGAAUCUGCUGACAGUGAAAACCAGCAUCCAUACCAGCAUCAUCCUCUUCCCUCAUACCUGGACUACAGAUCCAACAGCUCCGUCAAAGCUUAUCAGACCAGUUACUUCCUCGGCCACUGCGAAGAGAGCCAAAACACAGUGCAGGAGUUUGAGAUUUAUCUGGGAUCAGGCAUGGAGAGACUUGGAGGAAGAUGUGAUCAGAAAACAUCAAUUGAUGCCUCGCAACAGCAAGCGAUCUACUGUGAUGGCCAACUGAAACCCAAGACAGCAUACAGACUCAGUAUUCGAGCGUUUACAAAACUUUUUGAUGAGAAAGAUGAGGAGUUUAUCUCUCCGCUCUAUACUGAUACAUACCUGUCCAAGCCCAUCACGACUGACGCAGAGCCAUUGAGUGGGGUCAUCGAAGGGGUCAGUGCUGGACUCUUCCUCAUCGCCACCAUGGUGGGACUAAUUGUUCUGCUGAUCUGCAGACGGAAAGUCCACAAAAUGAGUGCACAAGAGCCUGUGGUCAGAAUGAGUUUGAGAAGAGAAAGACAACCCCCAGGAACUCAUGUCAUUGUUAGAGGGAACCGUCGUGUCUCAAGUCCCAUCAGCUUCACAAAUUUUGAGUCACAUUUAACUAAACUUCGAGCAGAUUCCAGCUACCUCCUGUCUGAGGAAUAUGAGGACCUGAAGGAUGUUGGUCGUAACCAACCUCAAGACGCAGCGUUAUUGCCUGAAAACAGAGGCAAAAAUCGCUACAACAAUAUACUGCCUUAUGAUUCUACAAGGGUGAAGCUGUCCUAUGUUGAUGAUGACUCCUGCUCAGAUUAUAUUAAUGCCAGCUAUAUUCCUGGCAAUAACUUCAGACGGGAGUAUAUAGCAACUCAGGGUCCUUUGCCCGGCACUAAAGAUGAUUUCUGGAAGAUGGUCUGGGAGCAGAAUGUGCACAACAUAGUUAUGGUGACACAGUGUGUUGAGAAAGGAAGGGUGAAGUGUGACCAUUACUGGCCAUUUGAUCAGGAGCCCCUGUAUUAUGGGGAUCUGGUCGUUCAGAUGCAGUCAGAAUCUGUGCUGCCCGAAUGGACCAUCCGAGAAUUCAAGAUCUGUAAUGAGGAACAGCUGAACUAUUCCCGAGUCGUACGUCAGUUUCAUUACACUGUGUGGCCGGAUCAUGGAGUUCCAGAGAUCACACAGUCACUCAUUCAGUUUGUGCGGACUGUGAGAGACUAUAUCAACCGGACGCCCGUCUCUGGAGCCACUGUAGUGCACUGCAGUGCUGGAGUGGGGCGCACCGGAACCUUUAUUGCUCUUGACAGAGUCCUUCAGCAGCUGGACACUGGAGACACAGUGGACAUCUACAGUGUUGUGUUUCACCUGAGGAUUCAUCGCACACACAUGGUGCAGACAGAGUGCCAGUACUCGUACCUCUAUCAGUGCGUGCGAGACGUGCUCCGUGCGAGAAAACUGCGCAGUGAACAGGAGAACCUUUUGUAUCCCAUCUAUGAAAAUGUGCAUCCGGAUUACCACAGAGAUGUGGUCUACUCCAAACGCUGAUGUGCAGGUGGAUAAAAAAGUGGCCGAACACAUAUGUAAAAAUGUAUUUGAAAAUGAAUUUAUGUUAAUAUGCUACAGUAUGUGUAUGCCUAGAUGUAACAGAAUUAUAUCAUGUACACAUAUUAUUCAACAUUAAUUCAGAGUUUGUUAAUUCUUGCAUAAUAUAUUGUACAUCACUAAUUAAAUGUUGUAGCUAAUUUUAUAUUAAUAAAAGAUAUUACAAAACAACAGUA